AUGCCGUGUAGUGCACACUCGACCGGCACCCCAUGUUCCGAAUGCGCCCUCCACGGCCGAGAUUGCAUCAUUGACGAAUAUGCCGACAAACGUCGUAAGGUUGUGCGAGAUCGCGUCCAGGAGGAGUUAGCAUACUAUCGCGAAUUUGUGCAGCAGCUGCUGGCGGCCAUUCGGCACGGCAAGCGUACAGACGUCGACGCCAUUAUCAAUGUCAUCCGGUCGGGAGCCUCGCUCGAGAAGAUACACUCGAUCGUCGCCCAAUCACUGAGUCAUACAAACGAUGUCGAUGGCCUUGAGAUUACCGUCCCUGAGCUGAAAGUACCGGACGGCGUAUCUGUGAGCUCGUCUGCCGAUGUCAAAGAGCCGGAUGGCGUAUCUGCGGAAGCCUCUCCCGAUGCUGGGCUGAGCGCGAUCUUGAAUAAAGAUUCGUGA